UGGAAAUAUAUAUUGACUCCGAAGGUGAAACAUCACUUUGAUAAUACAUGAAUUGAUGUUCACUACAGGAUAUUUGGAAUCAGAAAUGACUUAGAGUGAUGUGAUAUUAAACCAUAUAGUGCCUUUUAGUGGAAUGAUUUACUUGUACUAAAUUUGAAACAAUGAAUGAAAUUUAUCGUGAAAUCUAAACAUGGCAAGUCUUGCACGUAUAGUUUGGAAAUAAGUGGCAACGCGAUAAGUAAAGCAUCUUGCUAACUUGUAUAUACAAUCAAACAGAUGUAGAAAUAAAUGACAAGUAACUGAACUAAAAUUGAAAGAGGAACGCUGCUGAUUCUCAAGAAAAUCUUGGUUGAUAUAAGAAAUAUGAUGGAAAGAGAGUCAUACAAAGGACGUGUUGUGAUAAACAUUAGUGGCGUUAUUUAUGAAACAAGAUUAACCACACUUUCAAGAUACCCCCAUACCUUACUGGGAUGUUCAGAGAAAAGAAAUCAAUAUUACGAUAGCAAUUCUAAGCAAUAUUUCUUCAACAGAAACAGGCAAAGUUUUGAAGCAAUCCUUUACUAUUACCAAUCUCAAGGACGUCUUAGCAAGCCCCCGGAUAUGCCUUUUGAUAUUUUUAAGAAAGAAGUGGAAUUUUUCCAACUAGGAGAUGAAGUCUUAGAUAGCUUGUUUCGAAAGGAGGGUUAUGUGUUUGAUGGGCCACGGCGAUUGCCAGAAAACGAGUUUCAGAAACAAGUAUGGGAGUGCUUGGAAUACCCUGAUACAUCAAAGAUGGCAAAUAUUUUGACAGUUUCAUCAUUGACAAUAAUCAUAGCAUCUGUACUACUCACAAUCGUAAUGACUGUCAAUGAAGACAAAGAACCAAGUUUUGAAAAAGAGUUUAAAAAUGGUAAUCAAACCCCUCAUAUUCCUGGUUCUGAUCAGGCGUCUGACGGUUUUUCUCUCUGGUACAAUGACAAACGAGUUUGGCAUAUUUUUGAACUGAUUUUUAACUGUCUAUUUGCAUUUGAAUAUACGCUGCGAUUAGGAUUUUGUCCUGAUAAAUGGCAUUUUGUAAAAUCUCCACUGAAUAUAGUAGAUCUUUUAGCAUUCCUGCCCUAUAUGAUAAUGCUUGCUCUGCCUGGUGGAUCAGUUGACGUCUCCGCUGUAUCUGCGUUUCAUAUUCUCAGAAUUGUAAGAAUCUUUCGGAUUUUCAAGAUAUCUCGUUACUCUCGUCGUUUGAAAGUGAUUGGAUAUUGUUUACUCGAGAGUGUACAAGACCUUGGCUUGUUUAUGAUAUGUUUAGUUAUAAUAACAAUCCUCGCUUCCAGUCUUCUGCACUAUAUUGAAGGUGGAGAUAAGGACGGUCCGUUCAAUAGUAUACCAUCUACUUUCUGGUUUAUUAUACAGACCAUAUCUACCAUAGGCUAUGGUGAUGUGAUACCAUUAACUCCACUAGGAAAACUAGCAACAUGUACCGUGGCUGUGUUUGGUGUCAUCACUCUGGCACUGCCAGUGCUUAGUUUUGUUGCACAUUUCAAUACUUUAUAUUGUCAGAAUAUUGAAUAGUAAUUCUUUUCCGUUCACUUCAGUCGAACAACAACUUCGUGUGUCUUGAAGAAAUAAAUAUAGGCGAGGAGUGGUGUUGGGACAUUUUUAUAAUAAAUAUAAGCACUGUAGUUGCAGAACCACAGUAGUUGGUCUU